CCAAAAGACGUGGUGGACUAACGUUGAACAAACUUUGGACUAAAAUUCAUGCAAACAAUCUGCUGUUGAAACGGCAUUGUAAGUUUCUGGAACGCAAAAGACCUGGACAAACUUCGGACAAACAAUCUGUUGUUGAAGCUGCAGAAAGUGGGAAUAUGUCUACGCAGGCAGAUUUUUUUAAGGGCAUCCCUAAGAUCGCAUAUAUGCCCAGCGCUGGUCCUGGAGACGUACUGUGCUUUAAACACUACAAUGCCGGGGAGGUGCUGAUGGGAAAAACGAUGGAGGACUGGCUGAGGUUUUCUGUCUGUUUCUGGCACUCUUUCUGUGGAACUGGUGUGGAUCCUUUUGGGUACCAGACUCUUCAUCGGCCCUGGAAUGAGGGGACUCCAAUGGAAGCGGCCAAGAGGCGUGUCAGAGCUGCUUUUGAGUUUUUCACUAAACUUGGUGUGAAAUAUUACACAUUUCAUGACAGAGAUAUGGCUCCUGAAGGCAGCACAUUGGAAGAAUCCAACAGAAAUCUGGAUGAGAUCACAGACCUGACUCUGCAGCUGCAAAACCAGACUGGAAUCAAAGUGCUGUGGAUCACCUGCAACCUCUUCACUCACCCUCGGUACAUGAAUGGUGCAGCCACUAACCCAGACGUCCAUGUCCUGGCUUAUGCUGGGGCUCAGGUAAAGAAGGGACUCGAUAUCGCCAAGAAGCUGGGAGCAGAAAACUUUGUGUUUUGGGGUGGAAGAGAGGGUUUCCAUUCUAUCCUUAACACAGAUGUUGGGGCUGAACUGAAGCACAUGGCCAACUUCUUUAAAAUGGCUGUUAAGUACAAGGAGAAGAUUGGGUUGAAUUGUCAGUUUCUCAUUGAACCAAAACCCAAAGAGCCCUGCAAACAUCAGUAUGACUACGAUGCGAUGAGUGUCAUUGCCUUCUUGAAGCAUUAUGAUCUGGAGAAACAUUUCAAACUAAACAUAGAGCCAAAUCACACAACUUUGGCUGGACAUUCCUAUGAACAUGACAUUAUUAUGGCCUCAUCGUUUGGUAUGUUGGGUUCAGUGGAUGCAAACACUGGAUCCCCUGAUUUGGGAUGGGACACAGACCAGUUCCCAAUGGACAUCAGAAACACCACUUUGGUUAUGAAAACCAUCAUUGAACAAGGGGGAAUCCAACCAGGAGGUCUCAACUUUGACGCUAAGGUGCGUAGAGAAUCCACCAAUCUGGAGGAUUUAUUUAUUGCUCAUAUUGGAGCCAUGGAUGCUUUUGCAAGAGGACUUAGAAACGCUGUUUGCAUGAUUCAAGACGGACUUCUUCCAGGCAUGGUGAAGGAGCGAUAUAUGAGCUACAACUGCAGACUUGGUGAGAAAGUGGAAGCAGGCUCUGCCACCUUAGAGGAUUUAGAGGCCUGUAUCAAAGAGACCGGAGAGCCAAAAUUUACAUCAGGGCAGCAAGAAAAAUUUGAAUCGAUCUUCAAUCACUACAUUUAGCCUCAGAGAAAAAGUUCUAUUUGCACUGCCUGUUUUUGAACUAUGAAGGUGAUUUGAUGAAAACAUAGACUAAUAAUUAAUCCCAUUAUAUUGUACUUACAGCAGCAUAGUGUGUGAAAAGGAUGAUGGCGGUGUAGCUGUGUCAGUUGGUAGGCAUUACCUAUUAUGUAAUCUGUUA